ACACAUAUUCAAAAUUUGAAACUUAGCGCUAAAUUACAGAAAUUUCUUCAAUACUCCCUCCAAAAAAAAACUACUGAAUUUACGUUUUACCCUUACUAUGUACAAAUUCUCAAGAACAAUUACGAUUGAAUUGAAGCCCAUCAAUGAAAUCAAGAAAUUCUACUCCAAUUAGGGGACCCGGACAACGUUCAAUUACUUCCACCUUCAAACUUCGGUCUUCUCAGCCAUGCUUUGCAAAUCAUACAGAGGGUUCAGGUGUACUGUUAAACAAGAAUAGGAGCGGUUCGAAUUUCUCUCUUACCAAUUUUCUUAAUCGCAAGUUUCAUACAACUUCUGUACUUCCAUUUGACAAGGAUGAAAAAACAUUCUCGGAGGUCAAGAAGGAGAGUUUCCCUUUGGCAGAGAACUACGAUUCCAUAAAUGAGACCAUUUCUAGGGACGAGAAAUAUGAUUGUGCAGGAUCCCGUGAUGAGAAAGGGGGUGUGAUUGAAGAUUCAGUGUUUAAGCUGUUCAACGAUUCAGGAGGGAAAGUCAGAAAGAGGUCUUCUGAAUGCAUAACUGUGCCAUCGAAGUUGAAAGGUGUUUCAAAGCAGCAUAGUCAAAACCAUUUGGUAGUUCUAGGAGAUGACCCAAAGCCAAAGAGAAGAGCCCGUGGAGGAGUUUCAUGUAGCUACACGAAACAAAGGCCUGUCUAUAAUUAUUAUGAAAACGGAACUGGUUUCUGGGAACCUGAGAGAGUAGGGGUUGACAAUGAUGAAGUUGGGAGCACGGAAAUGUGGGAAGGCCUGGGUUCGACAACCACACUAGGAGGACUUGAUGAUUUAAGCAGCUUUGACCACCUUUAAGGCUUUAACUGGUCUUGAACCCUCAUUUAUGUAUUAUGUCAUAAUAGCCCUGCUUUCUGUUUUAGGCGUGCUGGUACUACUGUAUCUAAUGUCAAUGUAACUUGUAUUUCUCCUUAGAAUCUUACUCAGUCACCAUGUUGUAAGAAUCAAUGAUGAUAUGAAUGAAUCGGCAACAAUAGGAGAAAAUGGGGGGGGUAACACAUUUGAUGCCAUAAGUUGGCUUUAAGGUUUUGAUUUUCGAUCAUAGAAGUACAUUUGGAAUAUUGGAGUUUUUCAACCUUUGAAAUUUGGAUGAUGCUUGUGUCGUUUCUCAAA